AACGCACACAUCCGGUGGAGGAGACUAAGUGGGGAGAAUAUCUCUGAGUUGAUCAGGCGAGUGCAGGAGAAAGGGGCGUGGGAAUCGGCCGGAGAGGCUGCUGAUAUGUGGACGCAGACUGCUAACUGCAUCAGGGAAGCUGCCAGGGAAGUGCUUGGUGUGAGCUCUGGCUCAGGGAGUAGGCGGCAGGGUGAUUGGUGGUGGAGCGAUUCAGUCCAGAGUAAGGUGGAAGCUAAGAAGGUGGCAUAUGUGAGGUACAUGGGCUGCAAUGUUGAGGAAGAAAGAGCGGCGUUACGAGUGGAGUACAAGAAGGCACGUAAAGAAGCUAAGUUAGAGGUUACAAGGGCAAAGAAUGCCGCUUUUGAACGCCUCUACAAGGAUAUUGAGGGGAAAGGCGGUGUUAAUACACUGUUCCGGCUUGCUAAAGUGCGUGAGAGGAAGGCCCAAGAUCUAGACCACGUGCGUUGCGUGAAGAACAGUGAUGGUAGAGUGUUAGUUGAGACUGCCAAGGUGGCUAAGCGCUGGGGGGAGUACUUUUGUGAACUCUUAAAUGCGGGAGGAGAGCAGAGGCUAGUUCUUGAUGAGCUGGGGCAAUCCAGGGCGUCUCGUGUAUAUUGCCGGCGCAUUUGCCUGGAAGAGGUGGUUCGGGCUCUCCGCGGGAUGCAUAGUGGGAGAGCUUUGGGACCAGAUGAGAUUCCGGUGGAGUUCUGGAAACAUGCGGGUCGCGGUGCGUGGGUUUGGUUAACCAAACUCUUCAAUGUUAUCUUCCGGACAGCAAGGAUGCCAGAUGAGUGGAGGGAGAGUCUCUUGGUCCCCCUGUUUAAAGGCAAAGGUGACAUCCAGAGCUGCGAGAAUUUCAGAGGCAUCAAACUGCCUAGCCACACCAUGAAGGUUUGGGAGCGAGUCAUUGAGUAUAGGGUGCGGAAAGGGGUAUGCAUCUCUGAGAACCAGUUUGGUUUCAUGCCUGGCAGAUCAACUACAGAGGCCAUUCACCUCGUGAGGAGGUUAAUGGAAGAAUAUAGGGCUAGGAAGAAGGACCUUCAUACGGUGUUCAUUGAUCUCGAGAAGGCGAAUGAUAGGGUGCCAAGGGAGGGGUCUGCCCUUAGCCCUUUUUUGUUCGCCUUGGUGAUGGACGUCCUAACUCAAGGUGUGCAAGAAGGGGUCCCAUGGUGCAUGCUUUUCGCGGAUGACAUUGUGCUUAUCGACGAUACACGUGAGGGACUAAACGAUAAGUUGGAACAAUGUCGCCUUGCCCUUGAGACUAAAGGGUUCAGAAUAAGUAGGAACAAGACUGAAUACAUGGAGUGUCGUUUCAGCGGCAGAGAAACAGAAUCAGAGGUGGAAGUUAGGAUUGACUCUCACCUAGUACCUAAGGUAGACAGGUUUCGAUAUCUUGGCUCGGUAAUCCAGGCUAAUGGGGAGUUAGACGGGGAUGUUGGACAUCGUGUUGGAGUGGCUUGGGCCAAAUGGCGGUUGGCUUCAGGGGUAUUGUGUGACCCGAAGAUUUCGCCCAGGAUGAAAGGCAAGUUCUACCGAUCCGUAGUCAGACCUGCUAUGUUAUAUGGGGCAGAGUGUUGGGCGGUUAAGAAGACUCAUGUGCGUCGUCUGCAUGCGGCGGAGAUGCGGNGGCGGUUGGCUUCAGGGGUAUUGUGUGACCCGAAGAUUUCGCCCAGGAUGAAAGGCAAGUUCUACCGAUCCGUAGUCAGACCUGCUAUGUUAUAUGGGGCAGAGUGUUGGGCGGUUAAGAAGACUCAGGUGCGUCGUCUGCAUGCGGCGGAGAUGCGGAUGUUACGAUGGAUGUGUGGGAAGACAAGGUUGGAUAGGAUUUCGAACGAAGUUAUCCGACGUCAGGUAGGCAUGGCGCCGGUGGAAGAUAAAUUGCGGGAAGCGAGGUUGAGAUGGUUUGGUCAUGUGAGACGGCGGGAUGCUGACGCCCCUGUACGGAGAUGCGAGCGGAUUACGGUUUUUGGGGGAAGUAGGGGAAGGGGUAGACCUAAGAAGAAUUGGAAGGAAGUGAUUAGACAGGAUUUAGGACUUCUCACCCUGACUGAGGAUAUGGCUUUAGAUAGGAACCUUUGGAGAACUAGGAUUAGAGUAGUUGGUUAGGAACUCGGUGCUAUAGAGGUUGAGCCGGGGGUCUCUUGGAAACAACCUCCCUGCUUCCAAAUAGGGGCAAGGUCUGCGUACACACACCCUCCCCAGACCCUACUGUAGUGGGAU